AAUGAUAAUUAUAUUUUCUAGCAAAAUUUCAAGAAAAGGAAACUUGAAGAUUGUGAAGAAAAAUGCUAUGGUACAAAGGUGUACAUGAUGCCCCAUGGAAUGUUGAAGAGCAACCAUCAUCUUGUGGACAUCAUUGAGAGAGUUAAACCUGAAAUCAGGAUCCUUAUAGAACGAUGCAAUACUGUUAAAAUGUGGGUUCAGCUACUAAUUCCAAGAAUAGAAGAUGGCAACAAUUUUGGUGUAUCAAUCCAGGAAGAAACUGUAGCAGAGCUUCGUACAGUAGAAAGUGAGGCAGCUUCUUACCUGGAUCAAAUCUCUAGGUAAAGUAUUGGAAGUAUUUAAA